CCCUUCCCUGGUUCCCAUGGCAGCUCACGUGUUCCCGGUGUGUGAGCGCGGUGUGAAGCCAGUGCGUUUCAGCGAGACAGUCAUGGAGAUUAUACUGCAUGAGACUCAGAACAGGACGGACCCUCGGGACGAGAACCCCCGUGGGAUGACGCUGAUACUGCUGCUGUGUCUGGUUCUGCUGCUGGCCUUGUGGAACCGCAAUGACAAAAAGAGCUGUGUUCCAGGUCCCUCGUUUUGUCUGGGGUUGGGUCCCCUGAUGUCCUACUGUCGGUUUAUAUGGAUGGGAAUCGGAGCAGCGAGUAAUUACUAUAAUGAGAAGUACGGAGACGUGGUGCGAGUGUGGAUCAGUGGAGAGGAGACGCUCAUCCUCAGCAGGCCGUCGGCGGUGUAUCACGUGUUAAAACACUCGCAGUACACGUCGAGGUUUGGGAGUAAAGCAGGGCUGCAGUGUCUCGGCAUGCACGAGCAGGGGAUCAUCUUCAACUGUAACAUCACGCUGUGGAGGAAAGUGCGACUUUACUUCGCUAAAGCUCUCACUGGUCCAGGGCUGCAGAGGACGUUAGAUAUCUGCAUCACCUCCACAAACGCACACCUGGAUGAUUUGUCUCAGCUGACAGACGCUCAGGGACACGUCAACGUCCUCAACCUGCUGCGCUGCAUCGUGGUGGACAUUUCCAACCGUCUGUUCCUGGGUGUUCCUCUGAAUGAACAGAACCUGCUGUGUAAAAUCCGGAGGUACUUUGAGACGUGGCAGACCGUGUUAAUCAAACCUGACCUUUACUUCAGACUGAAAUGGCUGCACAACAAACACAGACACGCUGUACAGGAGCUUCAUGACGCCAUUGAGGAUCUGAUAGAACAAAAACGAAUUGAACUACAGAAGGCUGAAAAACUCGACAACCUGAACUUCACUGAGGAACUGAUAUUCUCCCAGAGUCAUGGUGAGCUGACGGCGGAGAAUGUAAGGCAGUGUGUGUUGGAGAUGGUGAUCGCGGCUCCAGACACGUUGUCCAUCAGUGUGUUCUUCAUGCUGCUGCUUCUGAAGCAGAACUCUGAGGUGGAGAAACGCAUCCUCACUGAGAUCCACACUGUACUGGGUGGAGCAGAGCUGCAGCACUCUCAUCUCUCUCAGCUUGGUGUUCUGGAGUGUUUCAUUAACGAGUCUCUGCGCUUUCACCCUGUGGUGGACUUCAGUAUGCGCCGGGCGCUGAAUGAUGAUGUCAUCGAGGGUUACAGGGUUCCCAGGGGAACUAACAUCAUCCUGAAUGUAGGGAGAAUGCACAGGUCUGACUUUUACCCCAAACCCACAGAGUUCAGCCUGGAGAACUUCACCAAACCUAUCCCCAGUCGUUUUUUCCAGCCGUUUGGUUCAGGUCCUCGUUCCUGUGUAGGUAAACACAUCGCCAUGGUGAUGAUGAAGGCGGUGCUGGUGACGGUUUUGUCUCGUUUCUCCGUGUAUCCUGAGGAAAGCUGCACUGUGGAGAACAUCGCACACACCAACGAUCUCUCACAGCAACCUGUGGAGGACACACACACACUGAGCGUACGCUUCAUCCCCCGCAACACACACACCACACACACCACACACCGCAACCAUGUCUAACUCCUCUGUCCUGAAGAUGACGAGAACUUACUGCAGCUUUACACACUGGAGACUCUGUCCACGCACGCACACACACACACACACACACACACACUCCUCCUCCUCACAGAAUCUUCACACAUCCCUGAUUAUUUCAUCUGUUUAUGUUGAGCGGAGAUUUAAGGUGGACAAUAAAAACCGUGAUGACGUUAGAGAUGGAUCUUGUGAGAAGAUUUAGAAGAUGGCGUAUGGAUCUGUUCUAUUUAUUAUACUUUAUUUACUUUCCUUAUUUAUAUGACAUGAUAUUAAUCAGAUUUGCAAUGUUUUUUAUUCUGGUUUUAUCUCCACACACCAAUCAGCUGUAACAUUAACCCCAGUGGGAGGGGAAGUGAAGAAGGUUUAUUAUCUCUGUAUAGAAUCACGGGGGUGUGGCUUAUUAGUAAAGUCGAUCUGAUGAUCCAGGUAAAAAAUGGACAAGUGUAAGAACCUGAGAGAGAGCAAACUCUGAUGUCUAGACCACAGGAUCAGAGCUUCUCCAAAACAGCAGGUGUUGUGCAGUGUUCCUGGUGUGCAGUGGUUACAACCUACCAAAAAAGCUUCAACCAGUGACCCAGCACCAGGAUCAUGGAUGCUCAAGGCUCAGUGAUCCUCAUGAGGAGUGAAGUCUAGGCGUCUGUUCUGAUCCCACAGAAGAGCUACUGCUGUAAAAGUGAAUGGUGUCUCUGAUGGAAAGGAGUCAGAUCACACAGAGCAUCAGAGCUGCAGAGAGUCAGAGUGACCAUGAUGACACCAGAACACCAUCCAAAGCUUCUAUUAUGGACAUUAGAGCUGGACCAUGGAGCUGUGGAAGAUGAUGGUCUGAUCUGAUGAGUUUUCUUUUAUGAAUGGUUUAAGGAACGUGACAAAGAGUUCAAGAUUUUGACUCCGCCUCCAAAAUCCCUCAGAUCUCAAUCCAGUCCAGAAUCUGUGAGAUGUGCUGGACAAACAAAUCUGAUCCAUGGAGGCUCCACCUCACAACUUACAGGAUUUUAUGCUAACGUCCUGGUGUUAAUGUUAUGGCUGAUCAGUGUUUAUUUAAUCAUCUCUCCUUCCAGGUUCUCUACGUUUCUCAUAAAGAAAUUCAUUUUUAUAAACGUUUUAUGUAAGUUAAGUUCAUGUGAUACUCUGUCCUGCGCUGUGAUUACGUCUUAAAAUAUUUCAGAAAAUAUCAUGAAAUUAUUCUGUAUUUAAUUUUAUUUCACUGAAAUAAUAAAAGCUCUGCUCUGUAACGCUGUGUGGUUGGGGUCAGUGUUCCGAGUUUGACCAGCAGAGGGCGACAUUAUUCAACUGAGAAAA